AUGCGUCCUUCCACCCUUGUACUCGCGGUCCUUACCGCAACAACCAACGCUGUCCAGGCGCCCAACCGCGCCAGCGAGGCCCGCGCCGCCGCCGAGGCCGCCGUCUUGGAACGCCGUGACCUCAACGCCUGCAACUCGGUGGCGACGUCCCUCCUCCCUAGGAUCACCGACGGCGCCCCCACCGUGCCCGUCGACGUGGCCGCCUACCUCGCCCUCUCGGCGACCAUCACCGACCCGUGCGUCGACCCGACCAUCACGGGCUCCAUCGGCUCCGCCUACUCGACGUACGCCUCGUCGUACACCUCCUGGCGCAACGACCACCUCUCGGACUUCCGCGCCGUGUGGCAGGCCUGCAGCGACGUGCCGGGCGUCACCGACCUCAUCUUGCCGACGGGGACGGGACAGUGCAGUUCCCUCGUCGCACAGAUCACGAGCGCCGGGCCGACGCCUGAGCAAUAA